UAGAGGGAAGGCGGCCCUGAGAAAAGUCAGACCUGUUCUGCACCAUGAAGAAGAAGCAGCGUAAUACGGAGGCAGCUCCACACUGUGAACUAAAAUCCUAUUCUAAGAACGUGGACCCUCAGGUGUCCACCAUGGUGUUGGGUCCUGAACAGAAGAUGUCAGAUGAAAAUGCUUCUGGAGAUCAUGGGGACUGUGCCAGUCUUGAUGCCAUCAGCUCUGCCUGUAGUAACUCCUCCCUUCCACAGUCCACUGGGCAUGCAGAGGAGCCUUUUACGACCUACUUUGACGAGAAGAUUGCCAUUCCUGAGGAGGAGUAUUCUUGUUUCAGCUUUCGUAAACUCUGGGCAUUCACGGGACCAGGCUUUCUCAUGAGCAUCGCCUAUCUGGAUCCAGGAAACAUUGAAUCUGAUCUGCAGUCGGGAGCAGUGGCUGGAUUUAAGUUGCUCUGGGUCCUUCUGUUGGCCACCAUCGUGGGGCUGCUGCUCCAGCGCCUUGCAGCUAGACUGGGAGUGGUCACCGGGCUGCACCUCGCCGAAGUGUGUCACCGUCAGUAUCCCAAGGUCCCACGCAUCAUCUUGUGGCUGAUGGUGGAGCUGGCUAUCAUUGGCUCAGAUAUGCAGGAAGUCAUUGGCUCAGCCAUCGCCAUCCACCUCCUGUCUGUAAGAAGGGUUCCUCUAUGGGGUGGAGUUCUCAUCACCAUCGCAGAUACAUUUGUAUUUCUCUUUUUGGACAAAUAUGGCUUACGGAAGCUAGAAGCAUUUUUUGGCUUUCUCAUCACCAUUAUGGCCCUCACAUUUGGAUAUGAGUAUGUUACAGUAAAACCCAGCCAGAGCCAGGUCCUCAGGGGCAUGUUCGUGCCAUCUUGCCCUGGCUGUCGCACCCCACAGAUUGAGCAGGCUGUGGGCAUCGUGGGAGCGGUCAUCAUGCCACACAACAUGUACCUACAUUCUGCCUUAGUCAAGUCCAGACAGGUAAACCGGGCCAAUAAGCAGGAAGUUCGAGAAGCCAACAAGUACUUUUUUGUUGAAUCCUGCAUUGCUCUCUUCGUUUCCUUCAUCAUCAACGUCUUUGUCGUCUCAGUCUUUGCUGAAGCAUUUUUUGAGAAAACCAACCAGCAGGUGGUGGAUGUCUGUAAAAAUAACAGCAGUCCCUAUGCCGGCCUCUUUCCUGAAGACAACUCAACCCUGGCUGUGGACAUCUACAAAGGGGGUGUCGUGCUGGGCUGUUACUUUGGGCCUGCUGCACUCUACAUCUGGGCCGUGGGGAUCUUGGCUGCAGGACAGAGCUCCACUAUGACAGGAACCUAUUCCGGCCAGUUUGUCAUGGAGGGAUUCCUGAACCUCAGGUGGUCCCGAUUUGCCUGAGUGAUUCUGACUCGUUCUAUUGCCAUCAUCCCCACUCUGCUCGUUGCUGUCUUCCAAGAUGUAGAGCAUCUGACAGGGAUGAAUGACUUCUUAAAUGUUCUGCAGAGCUUGCAGCUUCCCUUUGCUCUCAUACCCAUCCUCACAUUUACGAGCUUGCGGCCAGUGAUGAACGACUUUUCCAACGGAAUAGGCUGGAGGAUUGCAGGCGGGCUCUUGGUCCUUAUCAUCUGUACCAUCAACAUGUACUUUGUAGUAGUUUAUGUCCAGGAACUAGGACAUAUGGUCUUGUAUGUGGUAGCUGCCGUGGUCAGUGUGGCUUAUCUGAGCUUUGUGUUCUACUUGGGUUGGCAGUGUCUGAUUGCACUGGGCUUGUCCUUCCUGGACUGCGGGCACACGUAUCAUCUGGGAUUGACAGCCCAGCCUGAACUCUACCUUCUCAACACCGUGGAUGCUGACUCACUUGUGUCUAGAUGACCAAUAGCCUGAGAGACUGCACAAGAACUGCUUUGUCUAUGUCCUUUGUACCACAUGUCUGUUAACAUCUCUGUUAGUUCAGAGGUGAGUUUGUUCAAGCACUUUGAAGCAAAGAUGAAGAUUUCCUUAUGGGAACUGCGUUACAAGCUGACAGCUCGAAGUGUAGGUCAGUGACCCACCUACCUCACAGCAGCCAUACCACAGCUAGAGUUAAUGAUUGGCCUGUGAUGGCCACACUCCCUAUGGGCUUGUGUCUUCUAAGAUUUAGAAAAUACGGAUAUAUUUAGGUAAACCUGAGCACCUCAGUUAGGUGGAAUUUUAAGAUUAUCUCAAAGUGAUAGAUCUUUUGUAUUUUUAAAUAAAUAUAUUGUUCAGGGACAUCA